AUGUGUGCCUUUCAUGUUGGAGUACGAACCAGAAAGAAGCUUAGCGAUGCGGAUUUCUUCACAAAGUGCAUCCAGGACGCUGCAAGGGAAACGCUCCCGGUUCUAUUGCCGCGGAAGAAGUUUGCCUUUGCAUCUGCGGAAACAAAAUCCACGUACAAUUCUGUAUGUGUCGCGCGCAGCGCUGGUGACUUCAACCAGGAAAAGCGUCUUAGAAGGAAGCUGCAUCGUCAACUGCAACAAGACCGUGAUAACGAGUGGACGUCAAGAGCGAUGGAGUUUGAGAAAGCGUGGGAGGACAGGAAUCCGCGGAAAGCCUAUGCUCUACUAAAACAGUAUAGCGGUAAAAUGAAAAGAUGUUCUCCUGUCCUCAACACUGUCAGUGGAGUACCUGUCGGUGAAGCAAUCCUUCCAAUUUGGAGAGAACACUUCAAGACCUUGCUGAACCGGCUAGCACCGUCAACUCCUGAACUCGAACACGUUCAUAGACCGACGUAUGCGGUUAACGAGGAGCCACCGACCGUGUCGGAGGUCCUGGUCUGUAUUCAAAAAAAUGAAGAAUUGAAAAUCUGGUGGAGACGACGGGAUUAG